AUGUUUGCCGGACUGCUGGAUGCCGCACGAAAUUCACCCUUCCGCACACCGUUCACACGUGUCCAUUGCGACGAUGGUACACCCAGCACGGAAAAGGCCAUCGUACCGGGCCGUUCGGUCCAGGCUGCAUCAGCAAGCCGCGAAGUAGAGUUCGGUUCGAACGAAUUCUUCGGUCUGUGCGCUGUCGGCGGUAUCCUGUCGUGUGGCAUCACGCACACGGCCGUUGUGCCGCUCGAUCUGGUCAAAUGUCGGCUACAGGUCGACCAGGCCAAGUACAAGAAUCUGUUCCACGGAUUCAAGGUCACUAUCGCCGAGGAGGGUGCACGCGGUCUCGCCAAAGGAUGGGCACCGACCUUCUUCGGCUAUUCGGCACAGGGUGCCUUUAAAUUCGGUCUGUACGAAGUAUUCAAAAUCAAAUACGCGGAUAUGAUUGGCGAAGAGAAUGCAUACCUCUACCGUACCUGGGUGUAUCUGGGAGCAUCGGCAUCGGCCGAAUUCUUCGCCGACAUUGCACUAGCACCAUUGGAGGCGGCCAAGGUUAAGAUCCAGACCAUGCCAGGAUACGCCAACACAAUGCGACAAGCCAUGCCGAAGAUGCUGGGUGAGGAAGGCGUUAUGGCGUUCUACAAGGGUCUCGUUCCACUCUGGUGCCGUCAGAUCCCGUACACGAUGAUGAAGUUCGCCUGCUUCGAAAAGACCGUUGAACUGUUGUACAAGCAUGUCGUACCUAAGCCACGUGACCAGUGCUCGAAGGGUGAACAGCUGGUGGUGACGUUCGCUGCCGGUUACAUUGCCGGUGUGUUCUGUGCCGUCGUAUCGCAUCCGGCUGAUGUGGUUGUAUCGAAGCUGAACCAGGCCAAGGGAUCGUCUGCGAUCGAUGUGGCGAAGAAGCUUGGCUUCAUGGGCAUGUGGAACGGAUUGACACCGCGUAUCAUUAUGAUCGGUACGCUUACCGCCCUGCAGUGGUUCAUCUAUGAUGGUGUCAAGGUAGCCCUCUCGAUUCCACGUCCACCACCGCCAGAGAUGCCAGAGUCGCUGAAAAAGAAGCUGAACGUAGAGUAA